UGCUGCUUUUUAUGCUAAUCGUAUUCUAAUGGCCAGCUGUAUGCAUUAGUAGUAAGAGCAUGCGCAGUGCGUGAAAAGAAUACGGCGAAGAUUCAAAGUUUUGUUCAGUUUCUUUCACAACACUGAACAACAAAAUGUUCGGCUUUCACAAGUCAAAGAUAUACCGGAGUAACGACGGCUGUUGCAUCUGCAAGACCAAAUCCUCCAGUUCACGGUUCACAGACAGCAGUCGAUAUGAGGAGACGUUCAGACUGUGUUUUGGGCUAUCAGAAGAUCGUGUUGGAGACAUUUGUAAUGCAUGUGUGUUACUGGUUAAGAGGUGGAAGAAGCUACCAAAUGGCUCCAAGAAAAACUGGAACCAUGUGGUUGAUGCCAGAGCUGGACCAGGCUUCAAGAUGACAAAACCCAAGAAGAUUAAAAACAGUGAUGGGAAGAGGAAAAGCAAGCUUAAGAAGCUUCACAAGUUAAAGAGACAAACAGACUCAGAUGCCCACAGUACGACCUCCAGUGUGUCUCCUGCUCAGUCCCCGAGUUACAGCAACCUGUCAGACGACGGCUCAGACAUUGAGUCAAAACAAAGACGCACGACUCCCUCGAUCUUCUCUUUUUUGGACCGAUCUUACUGGAAAAGGCAGAAGGUGUGCUGUGGGAUUGUCUAUAAGGGGCGGUUUGGAGAAGUGAUUAUUGAUCCUCGACUCUUCAAGCCCUGCUGCAGUUCCAAAAAACAGAAGACACUGGCGUCCACCAAAGUGGCCGCACACCUUCCGGACACACUUCCAGCGCAGCUUCCAGAAGACAUCAAAGAAACAUGGUGAUGGCUUUAGUAAAUUCCCCUGUAGGGUUAUCCAUGGCAUCCACAUGGAUUUGUCUCCAGUGGCAGACCUCUGAAUUUCCAAUCCCCAAAUUAUACCUGUUAGAUGUUCCUUUGUUAAAUUCCUUUUCAUAUGGGUAUUUUUUAACUUUUGUAUAGAGUUGAUUUCUUUUUUAUAUAAAGCAAAAU